ACACUUGGAUGUGGUUGGGUUGAUGUACUUGAGAAGCGUCUGACUGCACAAUGUUAUGACGUAAUCAUGAGCGCGCAACAACAACACAGCGGCGCGUUCCACGAGCUCAACUGUGUUUUCUGUUUAUCAGAAAGGUCUUCUCCACGUCUCGUAUAAGGAUGGAUUUUCUGUUUGGUGUCUUGAACGUGGUUCUAACGCUGACCCUCCCGGUGCAUUGUGGGAAAAUCCUGGUGUUUCCUCAUGAAGGGAGUCACUGGAUUAACAUGAAUGUUUUGCUUCAGGAGCUUCAUGCCAGAGGUCAUCACAUCACAGUGUUACGAGCGCUCGACAGCUGGUACAUCGCUGAAGAUUCCCCUCACUACGUCUCCAUAACCCUUCCUGUUUUACUGGGCGGCGACGAUGAAUUCUACAGCAUGUUCAUCUCUAAACAACUCCAGAUUAGAAGACAGGGACACUCGGCGUGGACCAGAUUCAAACUGGACAUGACUCUGAAGGACAAGUUUUCCGAAAUGCACGAGAAGAUCUGCGAAAUGGUGAUUUACAUCAUCGAGAAAGAUCCUGCGCUGAUCGACCGGCUCAAGAAGACCGGAUACGACGUGAUGUUGACCGAUCCGGCAAACGGAGGAGGCGUCGUGCUCGCUCACUAUCUUCAUCUCCCUCUGGUGUUGAACGGGCGCUGGACGGUUCACGGAGAGGCACAUUUUGGAAUGGCUCCAUCUCCGCUGUCUUAUGUCCCCUUCCCUCUGUCUCAGCUGACGGAUCGCAUGACCUUCAUUCAGAGAACGUAUAACCUGCUCUUCUACACCAUGCGUCUUUAUCUUUACAAGCGUAUCGUGGGCCCUCAUUACACAGCUCUGUGCGCACGCUAUUUUCCCCCUCAUUUGGAAUAUUUUGAGUUAUUUCAAGCGGCUGACAUUUGGCUGAUGAGGGUGGAUUUUGUGUUUGAGUAUCCGCGCCCGACCAUGCCGAACUUCAUUUACGUUGGCGGUUUCCAGUGCAAGCCUGCCAAACGCCUACCGGCGGAUCUGGAGGAUUUCAUCCAGACGUCUGGAGAUCACGGAGUCAUCAUCAUGUCUUUGGGAACCCUGGUCGGGCAGCUGCCGCUCGACAUCGCCGAAGAGAUCGCGGCCGCUUUCGCUGAACUUCCACAGAAAGUGAUUUUGAGAUACACGGGAGCGCGGCCGUCCGCUCUGGCCAACAACACUUUACUGGUGAAGUGGUUUCCACAGAACGACCUCCUGGGCCAUCCCAAGACUCGACUGUUCGUGUCCCAUGGAGGCACUAAUGGUAUUUUUGAAGCCAUUUACCAUGGUGUUCCAAUCGUGGGCUUACCGCUUGUGUUCGAUCAAGAUGACAAUCUUGCUAAAAUGAGAUCUAGAGGAGUGGCCAAGGUCGUGGACAUCGCCGCCAUAGACAAACGUUCAUUUAAAGAGGCUUUACAUGAGGUUCUUCAUGAUCCGUCGUACGGGAGACGCAUGCAGAAACUCUCCCGUCUCCAUAGAGACACGCCAUUAAAACCACUGGAGAGCGCCAUCUUCUGGACUGAGUUUGUCAUGAGACACAAAGGUGCUGCUCACCUGCGCACCGAGGCUUAUAAAAUGCCCUGGUAUUCAUAUUAUUGUGUAGAUGUUGUGGGCUUUCUCAUGUGUGUUGUGUUUUUGACAGUGUUUGUGGUGUUUAACAUCAUCAGGUGUAUAUGCUGCAGGUGUUUCAAGAGAAAAAAGAAACAGGAUUGAGUCUAGUGUUUUGCCAGAUUGGGUGGGCGAUUUCUAGCCCAAAGGCUCAAUAAAACAUGCCCACUCCAACAAAAUCCAGCCCAAAUUUUAACUGCCUAAUAAUGUGAUAGAAAUGUAUUGCGAUGUCAAUCAACGAUGAUAAUGACCAUUUUAUCGCCUUAAAACCAACUAUGACAUGAUGAAAAAAUAUAUUUAAACCAGGAAAUGGGUCAAACGGAUCGAACAGCAAACAGCAUGCCGAUCACUUCAAUUUAGAAAAUCUGGUCCUUUAUCGCAACCCCGUCACUCACGAGCCAUCACAUGAUCUCAACUUUCGAUUGACUGAGAGGUGAGGUCUCCCUAUCCCACACCUGAUUGUUUAAACACAACCAAUACGGGUGGUGUUAAGGAAUAAUGUGUUCAUGACGGCACUACACAUUAUUUUCGAAUGUUUUGAAAUAACUUGACUAAUCAAAAGCAAAGAAAAGGCGAGCUGCUUUGGCGGGUUUUAAUUGCAUAAGCAGCCCAAAUUUUGUCCACCCGCCCAUGCAUUUUCCAAUCUGGCAACACUGAUUGAGUCUGAAACAUCACAUUGUGUUACAGUGCAUCUGAUAUGUUUUUAUUUUAUUUAACAUGGUAAAAAAUACUGUAGAGUUCUUCCAUAUUUGCUGUGGUAAACUAGUAGUAAAAUUCCUAGAAACUGUUGUAACUUUACUGUCGUAAAUAAAGUUCACUUAACUUUA